AUGAGCGACACCAUCACUUCGCAGCAACCCGUUACCUUCAGUCAAGAUACAAAAUCAUCUUUUCUACAACACUUGCGCGGUCAUCCAAGCAACCGCCGUAUAUCACCAGGCGAGAAGGAAAACCUGAUUGAAUGGCUAACGAAUCCUGACAAACACCCAUCUUCCCAGCGAGAAUUCAGCCGACGCAACUACGCACGGAAGACGUUCAUAUGGGACCACGAGACGCGAAACCUGCUAGCAAUCGAUAAAUCCGAACCCGGUAGGAACAAAAUUGUGGUUGUGGAAGAGAAUAUCGCGGACGUUGCUGAAGCCGUUCACAGUCGCAAUGGCCACGCUGGUUGGGAUGCCACCUGGAAAGAUGUCAGCGCUUCAUACCACGGUAUUCUGAGGUCGGAUGUCAUAUAUUUGCUUAGGAGAUGCCAGAUCUGCUUGCACAAUCCAUCCAAACGCCCUAAGGAUAGUAGCAGGGCCGUUGCAGAGUUCGGAUCAGAGGACUCCGACAUUUUUGGCUUGCUGGAUUUCAGAGAAUUGGAAUUCAAUGACGUGCCAUCAUAUGAAACAAACGGAGAAAACUGGUCAAACAGAUGA